AUGACUCUGUUCGAAGGUUUGCUGAAUAAAUGGACAAACAUUCUCAAAGGUUGGCAAACUCGUUAUUGUGUGCUCGAUCCUACUCAAGGAACGCUUGUUUACUAUACAUCGAGAGAAAAUGGAGCACACCUAGGUAUUGACGUUGAAGAUGACACGACAUUUACGAUUCGAUCUUACGGUAAAACAUUCCAUUUUCAAGCUCGUGAUAUUGAAGAAAGACGAAAAUGGCUAUGUAAUCUCGAAGACACUAUUAGUUUUAAUACUAUUAAUACUGAUAGAUUAUCAUCUGUGAACACAACACUUUUUCAAAAGAGAAUCUUAGAAGUUGAUGGAAUCUUACAAAUAUUAAUUGACCAAGUUGAGGAAUUAGAAGAAAUCAGUAAUCAACGCCGAGCUGACGGAAAAGAAAACUGCUAUGAACAUAUCAUUCUAUCAUCUCGAAGAUUAAUCGAAUCUGUUAAACACUCCAUCGUCUCACUUCAGUUAGCAAAAUUUUUCUCUCCAUCAUCCGUACAAUAUUCUUUGACGAACGAAGAACUUCUACUUUCGAAACAUAUGGAUCCGCAGACGGAAACAUUUCUGCCACCCAUGAAUGGUGAUGAUAAAAUUACUCCAGACAACAAUAUUUCCCUUGAAGGUUUACUAAAACAAGACUUCAUAUCAGUCUUAAUUAGUAUGAUAUAUUAUUUAGCUUUGAAUAUCCAAGACGCCGUAGAAAACAUUGCAAAAGCUCCCACUCUAGCUGUAUCUGGUAGUGAUAACGACGACGACGACGACGACGAUGACGAAUUUGAAGAUGCUAAUGAUACAAUAGAAACACCUACAUGUUCACCACUCUCAACUGAACAAGAUGAAACACCUACUACUGAAACUGAUUCAAGCAUCACGUUUGAGCAAUAUGAAGCAGCGUAUGAGGAAGCACCCGAAGACGAUGUUGCACCAAACGAUGGGACUAUUAUCAAGCAUAUCAUUUCUCAGUGUAGUUUAUUUAUGGAUUUAACUAAAAUAACAUUACCAACAUUUAUUCUUGAGCGGCGGUCUUUUCUAGAGAUGCUCGCUGAUUUUCUUGCACAUCCAGAUGAAUUUGUCAAUAUUGCAGACCAUCCUACGCCACGUGAACGUUUUAUACAAGUUGUCAAAUGGUAUCUAUCCGCUUUCCAUGCUGGACGAAAAAGUCCCGUUCCAAAAAAGCCAUACAAUCCAAUUCUUGGUGAAAUAUUUCAAUGCUCAUACGAUAUUGGUUUAUCUUCUUCUGAAUCAACAUUGACUAAAGAUGGUCCCGUUCCAUGGGCGUCGGAUCACAAUGUGACUUUCAUUGCUGAGCAAACAUCCCAUCAUCCACCAAUUGCAUCUUUUUAUGCUGAAUGUCCGGCAAAACGAAUCCAGCUCGAUGGAUGCCUUUGGACCAAAUCGCAAUUUCUCGGUCUUUCUAUAGGUGUUCACAUGGUCGGUGAUGCAACUAUAACCUUACUUGAUUAUGACGAACGUUACGUAUUAACAUUUCCAAGUGCUUAUGGCCGUAACAUUCUUCUUGUGCCUUGGUUUGAAAUGGGUGGCAAAGUGUCGAUUACUUGUGAGAAAACCGGCUACUCAGCAAACAUUGAAUUCUUAACAAAGCCAUUCUAUAACGAAAAGAAGCAUAAAAUAACUGCCACUCUGCUUGGUCCGGAUAAAAAAGAAUUUUGUAAGAUCGAUGGUGAAUGGAACGGUAUCAUGAACGCGAAAUAUACCGACGCAAAAGUGCCGGAAGUUUUCUUCGAUACGAAAACGACACCGAUCAUCAAAAAGAUUAUUCGGCCAAUUGCUGAACAAGAUGAACAUGAAAGUCGACGUAUGUGGAAAGAUGUAACUUAUUACUUAAAAUACAAACAAAUGGAUAAAGCAACGACAGCGAAAUCUUUUCUAGAGCAACGUCAACGUGAAGACGCGAAACAACGUGCUGCAGAAUCAGUUAAAUGGCAGACAAAAUAUUUCACUGAAUCAGGUGAACAAAAAUGGACUUAUGGAAACAAACUAUCGAAACGCAUCCAAACGCAAUCUUAA